AUGCGGAUUGUUACACCUGCGUUCCCGUUCCUACCUCUGACCACGACAUUUCUUUUCACUGGCCACUACGACUCCCGGAAGAGGAAGUUCUCCUGGAUGGUUCAAGUUGGUUUUGGGGUAGUUGGCUCCAAGGAUCAAAAAACCAAAACCAAAACCAAACUCCCCAAUGGAAACAUAGCGCAGGACGUAGGCAGUGCACAGGGCUAUGUAGAGGAACAUUCGUCGGCUGUGGCUGCUCUGAUCUGCGAUCUCCUUCUGCCCCCUCCCAAAUUCCCCAAUUCUGCCCGGAAAGGCCUUGUAUGGGACCUAGGCCCAUCAUUACGCGAUGCGGAACCAGUGACUCAUGCUACCCAGCACGUAGUCCCACUCCAUGUGGCGGCUGCCCAUCCGCCUCCUGCCCAAAGGUACUCGGUACCUACAGGCCUGUAA